AUGGAGCCGAGUGGCCGCCUGCAGGUCCUGGGAGAAAACGAGGCACUGCAGCAGUUCUUUAAUGGUCAGGAUGUUAGUGGUGUGUUGGAGAGCUCUGUUGCCGUGGAUACUAGCAUCCUGGAGCAGUACCUCAGCAACAACAUGGAUCCCAACAGUUUCAUGCUCCCUGAGUCUCCUCCUGACUCCAACUCAGAAGCCUGCUCCCCUCCUCAGAUCACAGAUUUCCAUUAUGAGGCUCCUCAUUGGUCCAACCAGCUGGCUAACCAGGAAGUCUUCAACCCAGCGACGCAGUCCGCCGCCUCGCCGUCCUGCCGCUUUAAGAGUAGAGGCCCUGCCCCCCCUGAACUGUUAACCCACGCUCACCUGCGCACCUUGGGGCUCACUAACACCCGCCCCAUCUCACACACACAGUGCUCACCUGAACACACACACUACACACAGGUGUACACCCCACCCACUCCCCCUGUCCAGGAGCCCCUCCCCCCAUCUCCACCACCUCUCCUCCCCCCCACCCACAACUUCCCUGGGAUCUGCGGAAGCCCUGAAAGAGUCCCAGGUCUGGUUCAGGCUCCGCCACCCCCAGCCCACCUGCUCGCACCCACUCCUGCACUGCAUGCUGGCUCCUCCUGUCAGCCGGACAAUAAAAAGAGGCGGCGGUCCGGGUCCGAGGAGGCACCUGGAGGAGCCGACGUGUCCUGCUGCGACGGUGACGGGGCCCACGGAGGGGGCGGGGCCAGCCUGGGGCCCUACCAGCUCCUGACCUGGGAGUCGUACCGACCAAGAGAGUGGAGCUCACUGUACGACAGCAGCUUGCAGGCUCUGCCUCCUCCUGCCUACCAUGUGGUCACUGAUAAAGGCUUCAACUACUCCACAGCCGAUGAAGCCUUCGUCUGCCAGAAGAAGAACCACUUCCAGGUCACGGUUCACAUCGGUGUGGCGGGGGAGCCGCACUACGUCAGGACACCCAGCGGGCCGCAGGAGGUCGAGCACUUCCUGGUUAAAGUGUUCGGGGUCAAGCUGGAAGCCCCCGGCCACCAGGUGACCAUUGAGCAGUCUCAGUCCGACCGCAGCAAGAAGCCCUUCCUGCCCAUCAGGGUCAGUCUGCCCGGCGACAGAAUCACCAAGGUGACACUCGGACGCCUUCACUUCAGCGAGACUACGGCCAACAACAUGAGGAAGAAAGGCAAACCCAACCCUGACCAGAGGUACUUCCUCAUGGUGGUGGGUCUGUAUGCGAGUGUUGGCCCAGACUCUCUUCUCGUCUCGGCUCUGCUGUCAGAGAGAAUCAUCGUCAGGGCAUCUAACCCGGGUCAGUUUGAGAUGGACGGCGACACCCUGUGGCAGCGUGGGGCAGCGCAGGACACUGCGGUGUGCCAGGGCCGCGUAGGCAUCAACACCGACGCUCCUGAUGAGGCGCUGGUGGUCUGCGGCAAUGCCAAAGUGAUGGGCGCCGUGAUGCAGCCGUCUGACCACCGGGCCAAGCAGAACGUGCAGCAGGUGGACUCUGAGGAUCAGUUGAGAAGAAUCACUCAGAUGAGAAUCGUCGAGUUUGAUUAUAAACCAGAGUUUGCCUCCAGCAUGGGAAUAAACCACACCCACCAGACAGGUAUAAUCGCUCAGGAGGUCCGGGAGCUGCUGCCGUCGGCGGUCACCGAGGUCGGAGACGUCAUGUGUGCAGACGGAGAGAAGAUACACAACUUCCUCAUGGUGGACAAGGAGCAGAUCUUCAUGGAGAAUGUGGGUGCAGUGCAGCAGCUGUGCAAACUGACUGACAACCUGGACACCCGCAUCCAAGAGCUGGAGGGGUGGAGCCACCGGCUCGCCAAGCUGAAGAGCCUGACAGGCAGCCUGCGCUCCACACGGAAACUGAGUAAAAACAGCAGCGUUUUGACCCCACACAAAACUAACACACUGCAGACUGUGAAGCAGGACAGCUGGAGUCAGAAGUGUCUGCAGCACAAAGUCUUCCAGGCCAGCGUCUUCACCCUGCUGGCCACCAUGGCCUUCUGUGUGAUCUCAAUCACAGCUCUGUACCUGCUGACUCUGAGAGAGGACAGCAUCAACAUCUUCCCUGGUAACAGCAAUGGCAGUGUGUUUCCUGUGCAGACCACAGCCUGGAGCAGCACAGAGUCCCCCCCAACCCCGUCUGCCCUCCCCGGCCCCCCUGAGGUGGAUUUCUGUGAGCUGCUGUACUGUGAGCAGGUGUACUGCUGCCCCUCCACAGCAGGGGGCAGCACCCACUGCAACAACACUGGGACCCCCGGCACCGAGCAGGACAGCGCCUUGGCAGAUAAAGGCAAAGAGAAGCUGUGUGACAAGCUGAAAAGGGCGAGUGACUGGACGAACACGACCAUCCAGACCUUCCUGAUCAAAGAGAGUCAGCAGGUGAUCGACAGCAGAUACUGCAACAGCAACACCUGUGGGUCGGGUCGGUUCAGCUUCUCUGUUCCCAUCAGCCGGUUCGUCCCAGUCAACAUGAGAGUCACCCUGCUGAUGAAUGCCACUGAGCUGCUGGUGGUCCACCUGUGCAGUUUUGAUGAGUCGACGCCCUGCUCGGCUCUGCUGGAGAUGGACUCUGUCGCUGAGAGCAGAUACCCAUCAAACACACAGGGAGAACAUGAGUGGCAGCUCCAUGUGGCUCGUCUUCAUCACAGCUCGUAUCAUUUCCGCUCUGCAGUGGCUGGUCAGGCAGACUGCAGUACCGAUCAUCACUAUGCGGGGGCGCUGUUCACCGACUACCACUUCCACUUCUACAGACGCUGUUCUGAUUGACACACACACACACACACACACA